CGUUUCACUUGAUUGGCCGUCCGGUGUUGACACAACACUGAUUGGCCAAAAUGGAGGCCCACAGCAUUCCGACAAUGGCGACGAUGCUCUCGCGCCGCCUGAGCCUCGCCAAGGCGCGGCAGCUCCUUACGCCGCGCUUGUCGAAGCAGGUGACGGCGACCUCUGGCCCAGCGCUCGCCCGCUUCCUGCAUGCAGCACCGCCGUCGAAAGAGAAGGCGAACGACCCGCACCAAGUGGUGACACUGCCCAACGCGAUCACGUUCACUCGGAUUCUAUCGACGCCGUACCUUGGCUACCUCAUUGUCUCGGGCAGCUAUCCUGCUGCGAUUGGAGUGCUUGGCGCGGCGGGAUUCUCCGACUGGCUGGACGGGUACCUCGCCCGGAAGCUCAACCAAAAGACGAUCGUGGGCACAUUUCUGGAUCCACUUGCCGACAAGGUCAUGGUCGGCACGCUGUGCGUGAGCAUGGGCUACGCGGGUUUGCUGCCGCUGCCGCUUAUCGUUGUGAUCUUUGGUCGGGACCUCCUGCUCAUUGGUGGCACGCUCUACCAUCGAUACCACACAAAGACGAACAGCUCGGCAUUUUUCCAGACCGACGACCUCACGUCGUUUGAAGUCAACCCGAGCAAUCUCUCCAAGGCCAACACAGCGCUGCAAUUUGCAACGCUCGGUGGCGCGCUUCUCAACGCCGCUUUUCACAUGCCGGGGGACCUGGCCAUGAACGUCAUGUUUGGCUCGGUCGCGCUCUCGACGUUUGCUUCUGGCAGUAUGUACCUGCGCGACUACCUCAACAAAUCGGGCAUGUUUCAGCAUUUGAAAAAGUAACUUAGCAAUUUAGAGAAGACCUGUUUGAGCUAUCAAUACCUACUCGACGCGCAGCGUUGCUCGGGUCUGGAACGCCGCCCAGCGACACUUGGCGUACGCUUCAAAGUCAAAGUCGAUCGUCGACUGCGUCGCCUGGAUAAAGCCCC